AUUCAACACGACAGCUGGUGUCGAACGCUAGGAGUCUCGUCACAACAAUAAUUUUUUUUUUAGUAGACGUAUUCGAUGAAAACCAAACGUACAUGUCACACGUAUAGAAAAAUAUAAAUACACCUUACAAUAUCUUAGUGUCAAACAAUUAUUAUUAUUGAACAUGUUACUAAGACACCGUCUUAAUCGUCAUCAGCAGAACGUGUACUAGAACACAUGAAUUAGAGACCUUGACGACAUAAACCCCUUAUUCCUUUAUUUGGUUCUAUGUCACUAGGAUCGGGGAAGUUAUUUUUGGACAAUCUUUUGAACAGAUUCCAAAAACCUUGCUCAAAUUCUCCAUUUUUCACAAGGAAAACCAGCGACACAUUAUUUGUUAAAAGUACAACACUUUCAUUAUGUUUAAAAUAUUUUCAAUGCAGAAAAUCUAAUUUUUUAAAAAUAUUUAUCUAUUUAAAAGUUUAAUGCUUUAUUGUUCAAGCCGCCCGUGACACAGAAAUCUUCAACUCUUAUUGGUGAUUUGAAUGUCUGCGCGUGUUGCCGUGAUGCCAAUAAACUUGGUAGAAGGAAGAGUCGAGAUUGCGUCCUAACGAGAAUGAUCAACAAUAAUGGGUUCGGGAGAAUAAUGUAACAGCAUAAUGGGGAGAGCGCAGAGACUUCCAGUUGAGUCGUCAUUUUGAGAUGUAAGAACGUACUACCUCCUCCUCUCGAAAUAACGUAUCGAAACAGCUCGGUCAUUGUGGCCUAACUUACCACGAUCGCAAUGAUUGGAAGUAAGCUACAACACCUGCUUUUAUUUGUGUGUAUUAUCAGUGGAUUCUGCGGGUCAGAAGGUCAAGAGUCAUCUAGAAGUGUUGGUUGGAAAGUUCACAUACCAACUCUACAACAAUGUCGAGCCUACGUCAAAGCAGCCCUAACAGAUUACUGGACAAAAAAAGUACUGCCUUUUUUCACACCAGGGGACACGAAACAAGAUCAGGGUGUUCUACAAAAACCAGAAGGCUGGGUACCUAAUGCAAUAAAUUUACCAAAAGAAACAAAGGCAAUUCCUACUGAAAAAGUUUCCAAAAGCACAACAGAACACUCCUUCACAGAAGAUAAAACAAACAGUUUAUUACAAGCCAGCAGUAAUCCUCCAAAUCAAGAAAAUACAAUGAAAUCCAAAAAAGACCCAAAUUCUGAAGUAAUAUCAGCAACUGAAAGCAAAGUUUUGUAUCCAUCAGAUUCUGAAGACACACAAAAUUUUCAACAGCCAGAAUUAGCUAAUUCAGAAGAAAAGGAAGUAAAAGUUUAUCAUUCUCAAAUCAUUGAUAUUCAGCAAGAUAGUGGGAGUUCUCAGGACAAAAAAUCUACACAGGGUGAAAAUGUUGAGAAUAAAAUGAAAAGGGUACACAGAGAACUACAAGAAACAAAUGAUAGCACUGACAGUCAAGAAAUGUUAUCCAAAGAAUGUGAACAGUUUGAUGAAGAGAAUGAAUAUAAACCGAAGCAGUCUCAAAGUCUUGAAACAGCAGUAGGAAAAAAUACUACAACAAUGGAGUUAAAUGAUGAAUUUAAAAACGAAAUUAUCAUCAAAAGCUUAGAAGAAAAGGAAGCUAUCAAGGAAAGACAUUCAUCACAGGAAAAUAUUAAAACAAUAACUGAUGACAGAAGACCAAAAAGAAUGCCACCACGAUCCAGGAAACAUCUUGUCGAAAUUUUGCAGCUGAGUGACAUUGGCACACAGACCAACAAGGAAGAGAGUGACCUCAUUCAAAGCAUACUCAAUGAUAUGAAGAAAAUUUACAACAUUGCUAUUAAACCCUUAGAAAACCUGUACAAGUACAAAGAGAUCUCAGACAGACACUUGGGAGAUUCUGAAAUUUUUGGAACACCCAUGGUGCUGUUUUUAGGUCCUUGGAGUUCUGGAAAAAGCAGUAUCAUUAACUAUUUAAUGGGAAAUGAAAGAGCUAACACCGCAAGAAAAACAGCUCCUGAGCCAACAGAUAAUGUGUUUACGGUGAUUUCCUUUGGAGAGAAAUCAGACGUGUUGGAUGGUACAGAGUUAGCAGCAGACUGGUCCUUUGCCAGCGUCCAGAAAUUCGGCCAGUCCUUCCUUGAUCACUUCAAAGGAAUACGAAUAAACCACCCUCUCCUUAGAAAGGUAACCCUCGUAGAUACUCCUGGAAUCAAUGAAAACAGAAGAAGUCAAGAGAGAGGAUAUCCAUUUAAUGAUGUUUUUCAAUGGUUUAUUGACCAUGCUGACGUAAUUUAUGUCGUGUUUGAUCCCUCAAAGCUUCAGCUAGGUACAGAAAUGGAAGCCAUUUUAGACCAAUUAAAAGGCAGGGAGAAUCAAACUCGAUUUAUUUUGAACAAAGCAGACACUAUACGGCGAAGUGAAGUGAUGAAAGUGAUUGGACAACUUUUUUGGAACUUGUCCCCUCUCAUGGGGAGUUCUGAAGCUCCCACCAUCUAUGCAGUUUCCUUGACUGGAAAACCUUGGCACACGGGUGCUUCUAUUAACUUUCUAAUGGACCAGGAACGAGCUCUGCUAGAGGACUUACGCGAGACAAUAGACACGAGGGUUGAAAAUAGAAUUGCUUUCGCCCGGCGUCAUGCUAUGCGAGUACGAAACCACGCAAAGUUAGUGGACUGCUACCUUGAUACUUUUUAUCGACAUAAGUCUAUUUUUAGCAACAAGAAAAAACUGGCUGAUGACAUCACAGAUCAUCCUUUCCAGUACAGUAUUUUUAAUGGCUUAGAAGGCCUAACGAAUAUCAGUCGUUAUGAUUUGCCAGAUCCACUUAAAUAUCGAGACUUUUUUCGCCUGCACGUACUUCACGAGUUUAAACCUCUUACUUCCACGUGUAGUUACUUCUUAGGCUGUCCUUUGGACAGACUGGACACCGCCAUUGCUUUAGAUCUUCCUGAACUUUUCGAAAAGUACAAAAAACAAUCAAAAGUGCGAUUAUACCGAGAAAAAGAGGAUGAAAACAACGAGAAUAACAACAUUUAAGCCAACCUGGUGAUAAAUGCAGUUUAUGAGCACACGUUUAUCACUAAAGCUGGUCGCAACAAAGGACGUAACGUUAAACAUAUUAAGCCAACUUAAAGCCUGCCGCUGUUUUCAAUCUCUGCAUCUGAAAUUAGUCUUGAGUAGGUGAUCGUAUAUCGAGCCAAAAAACCAUAGAAUAUUACACCUUUUAAACAGAAACACUGUAAAAGCAAACUGGUUUCAUAUAUAAUGGAUUAGCAAUACGGAUCUCUAAGUAACCCAGAUGCAAACUAAGUACACUUUAUACUUCUUUAUACUGAACAUUAAAUAUCCCAAAGGACUGUUGAACAUUUUAAUAUUAAAAAAUGUUCCUACAUUCCCAAUCAACCGAUAUACUGUAGCAAACACUUUUCGUAAAAAAAAUAAAAAAAAUAACAUGAAUUCCCGUAUUUAGUUGUUUUUUUUUUUAACUUCCAAAUGUACAAGGUAUCUUCCUUGUUACGAUUUUGUGAUUUUAAGUUUUCUUUGUGACAUAAACAAACACCCAUGGAUAGUUGAUAUAUUUUACAAGCGUGUUUGUCGUUAUAUGUUUUUGUA